AUGCCACGACUAUUCAAUAGUCGAGUAAAAAACAAGUGCAGCCCUUGCAAUGGGAUAUAUAUCCUGCUCCUGUGCUUCAUAUUCCUGGUGAUGGUAAUGCAACUGCAGCGAGAGAAUCUCGAAAAGAAGGACAUCUUGGUAGCUCCUCCGCCGCCUAGGAUUUUCUGCAUUAUAGUCACCUAUGAGUACCGGCAUGAGCAUGCCGGUAUACACAUCCUCCGAACUUGGGCCAAGCAUUGCGAUCACUUUGUGUUUGUCAGCGACGAUAUUGACCACUUCUUGGAGCCGGCGGUAUUCCUGCAUCUGCACAGCCGGUGGGAGCGAAUCAGAGCCCACCUGGAGUACGUCCAAGGGUAUCACAUCCACAAGGGUGAUUGGUUUCUCUAUGCAAAUGAUGACAAUUUUGUGGUGGUUGAGAACCUGCGUGAGAUGCUGAGCACCUAUAGUCCCAAUGAACUUGUAUAUUUUGGCUGUAAACUAAGGACACCCAAUGGUCUGGUCUUCAUGCACCAAGGCUCUGGCAUAGUCUUUAGUAGAGCUGCCCUCGAGGCCUUUGUCUUGGAAGCUUUACCCAAUAGCAGCAUUUGCAGUCCCGUCAAGAUUGACAGCGAGGCCACAGAGGAACUGGGCAGAUGUCUUACCAAUGUCAAUGUCUUGGCCGGGGAUAGCCGCGAUGAAUGGCGGGGUCAUCGCUUUCUGCCCUUCGAGGUAGACUUGCAUUUGGGUGGGCAGAUGAACAAAUCACAAGAUCAUCACAAAUACUACCUGGAUCAUUCCUAUUACCCAGUGAUUGAUCUGAGUUUUCCAGUUUCCAUGCAAUUCAUAUGCAGUCACUUGGAGCACAUCAUGGACAUCUACAACUUGUAUUAUUUCACCUACAAAGUUCGGAUAUUUGGAGGACAUCAGGAGGUAGAACAGAACACUGAAGAUCAAGAGGGACGAGUUUUUUGGAAUAAAAAAGUAGCUCAGAGUUAGUA